AUCGCGCCUGGAGGGGUUCCAACAAACGGGAUAAAGAAUACUAGAGCCUCCCUCAAAUAUAUAUCUAUAUAUAUGUAUAUAUACAUGUAUAUGUAUAUAUAUAAUAGACAAUAAACAUAAAGAUAUAUGAGAUGUGUUCAAAAGAGAGAGAAAUAAGAGUUAAUAAGUGAAGAAAAAGGGAAUUGGGUGGUGGUGUGGGUGGAUGUCAAAUCAGUCCUGGAGGUGGACCGUCACCGCGACGAGUUAACCCUCGUGUUUGACGAUGCGUUACGCGUUUCACUUUAAUAUUUUUUUAUCACGUAAUUUUUUUGACAGUUCGUGUCUUGUGGAAUUAUUAGAAAAUAAAUAUAUUUUGUAAAAAAAAAAUAUUUAUUUUAAUUUAUUAAAAAGCAAUAAAUUUAACCCGCGUUAUACAAUCAAAUGUUAAUAAUAAAUAAUACAAUAAUUUUAUUUAAAGCAAUAAGUAAAUUUCGAUAAUAAGAAGAGUUCAAAUUAAAAUAAUCGACGGCAAUAAUAAUAAUAAUAAUGAUAAUAAUAUUUUUUUAAAAAAUAAAUAAUUAAAAUUGGUGGUAACAAAUUUUUGAAUAUUUUUAAAUUUAUAAUUAUUUUGAAUAUUUAAAUAUGGGGACGAAAACCGCGAGUAGGAGGAGGCAAAGUCUUCCACAUCGGCAAUAUCUCGAUUUAGAUUAUUUGGAAAGACGAGUGGGAGAUACGAUAGGGGUUGAGAAUGUCGACAGUGGGUCGAAAGAAGAAGAUAGUCCUGCUGAUAGUCUCGAUCGUGUUAAAGUUAUUUUUCUAGGAGCACCCGGUGUUGGAAAGUCAAGCAUCAUUCGUCAAUUUGUAUGGAACGAAUUUUUGGAAGAUUAUCGUCCGACAGAAAGACGGGAGACAUUUUAUCCCAGUGUCGUCCACGCUGAUCGUCUUUACGAGCUUAAAAUAACGGAUUUACCAACAAUUCCGUACUUUCCAGUCAGUACACAUUUAGAGUGGACGGAUUUUAGGUAUUACGGACUUAGGAGUGCGACGGCUUAUGUUCUUGUGUUUGAUUUAAGUAAUCAAGACACGUUCCAGUAUAUAAGGACUCUGAGAGAACAAAUGUAUGAGGCACGUGAUAUGAGAGGUGUUCCGUUGCUAGUUGUCGGUAAUAAACAAGACAAAUUGUCGGCGGUCGUUGCCUCUGGGGCACGAUACCGUGAUAUUGUUAAUCUUGUAAGGAAACACUGGAGAUGUGGAUACGUUGAAUGCAGCGCACGAUUUAAUUGCCGUGUUGUACAGGUAUUCCGUGAAUUAAUGAAAAGUAUCCAAGCCGUCGAGGGAACGACGCCCUCCCCAACGCCUACGGCUUCUCAUCUAAACCAACAACUACGAUCAGCACACACUUCCCGCAACAGCAACGACAAGUGUGUAAUCAUUUGACAAAGAGCUCGAUCUUGUCCUUCGCCCGAUAAAAAAUAUCGGGUAAAACUUAAAGAAAACAAGACACUAAAAAACUUACGAUGCCAAAUAUUUAAUUAAUUAAUAAAUAUAAAUAUUCCACGUUACUUAAUUAUUUAUUUAAUUUUUUUUAGAACGUGCCAAUGGGUUUUUAAACCCAGCUCAAGCAAUAGUAUACCUUUAAAAAUAUUAUAUUUUAAUAUAAAAAAAAAAAUUAUGUAUUUAAAAUACGUGUUAUGUUAGAUAAUAAUUAUUAUUAAGUAAUUCGGAUAUUUGUAUAUAAA